AUGUCGUUGGCACGCGCCGAUACUACUGCACCUCGCACGAACACAUCCAUCCCGACCCUCCAAACUCCUAAACCAACCCAGCCUUACCCCAAUGCGAAGUACCAGCAACUGCUCAACAGCACCCAAGAGUCGCCCACUAGACCCCAUACGUCUCUCAGCAGUAGCAGCACCGCAACCAGAAGCAGUACCAACCCUUCUCCGUCGUCGACUCUUUGCAGCCACGGGCUAAGCGGGCAAGACAUCAGCAAGUUCUUCAUGGAUCCGAGCCUCGUGUGGAACGUCGCACCACCACCGACCAAACUCCAGCUCUACGAUCACCCUUUCGCCCCGCUUGAGUUCGAGGCACGAUCUGAGGAAGAACGUUCGCGUGCUCAAUCGCGAUCGGAGUCACCGACUGUUCCUGCUACGACAGAGCAACCCUCAUACCCACCCCAUGGCUAUGAAGGAAGAAUGCUCGCAGGCCCUCCUCCGCGUCCCAUGAAGACCAAUCCGUACGUGAAACUCAAGAAAUCUUGGAAUCCUCUCUUCGAGGCGGGGUGCAAGACCCUUGGACCGAUUGAACGCGCCCAACACGCGAAGCAACUCGUUGGACGUGGCCCGUGGAGCGAUGACGCGAUCCUUGACCUUGUUCGCGCGUUUAUCUGGCGCGCCUCCGACUUCGAAGUCCCGCAACCGGUCAACUUUGUCGCACUCUUCGCCGCAGAGGUUUCUGGCGUGUUUAUUGAGCAGCAGAAGCCAGACGAGCGUUUCAAACACGUUCUCAGGGAAGCCCUACUCAACACCAUGAUGGGCUGUUGGCACGUACCUCGCGAUGUCAAUGGCGACCCUCUCCCGACUGAGGGCCAUAGACCCGUCAUGCUGGACCGGAACCCCACCGUCGAUUAUAAGCGGCAUGUACGCCAGGCUGUCGCCCUCUGUGGCUUCGUCGGAUGCUUGUACAAGCAAGACCAACUUCCACGCACCGAUGUUGCUCAGUGCGUCAGGGUUAUCUUCUUGAAUGCGAAGGUGGUCGAGCACCUACACGCAAUCGGGGCGAUUCUGACUGGCGCAGGCUCGAAGCUCUGGGCUGAGGCCGUGGAUCUCAAGACCGAGAGCGAGAGCAUCUCGAAGGAGAUAAAGAAGUUGAGACACAAGAUUGUGGACGCGUGGGUGCUAUAUCUUCCCCGCGGUGGGACGAAGGAGAAGAUCGAACAGCUUGUCGCGUUUGUGGAGAGCUGCGCGGCUAAGGUGUUGGACGAGAGGGCCGCGGCGCAGAUACAAGCCCAAAGCCAACGCGUUCUUCCCCCCUCCUGA